CUUUGCGGAAAAUAAUAUAGGUUAAGAUCAGGUAAAAGGAAAAUGGUCUUCAAAUUGAAUUUGUAGAUAAACCCCCAAUUCAUCAUAUUGCAAAGGGGUGUUCGUCAUUUUGUAAUAGGAACAUUGUUGAAAUGGUAAAUAUGCGACAUUAUAUAAUGCUGUAUAGUAAUGGGGUUGGCAAUGGAAGAUACUGAUCAAUAAGCAUGUUUUAAAAUACAUAUUGUAAGUAUACAAUUAACUAAUUAAUUUUAUUUUGUUGUGCUGUAGCAUAGCCAAAGUCUUUGUUUACAUACAUAAUUUCUUUGUUUUGACGAGUAAACUAUGAAUAAUUGCACGUUAGUUAAGCCUUGUCUCUUUCGAGUCAUCAUUUGUAUGCUAAUUAGAUGAACCUCUUUUCUCUACGUUUGCCAUUGUAUCGUAGCCAAAGUCUGUCUUUUCAGUAAACAAAAGAGAAUCAAAUUGAUUAUAAAAAUAUCAAUCAUGGGUCAAUUUGAUUUAUAUUAAUAAUUUGAGUUUUCUUCUUUAUCAUCCUUUUGUGUGUCGUCUGUUUUAUACAGAUUGAAGAAAAGAAAUUAAAAAUGAAAUAUAAAACUAAUCCCCCAUGUCUUAUGUGGUGAGAAAUAAAACGCGUACGCGUUCAGGCAUGAAUGGAAGAGAAAAGAGCUGACAUUACCAGGAACUGUCUCAACUCAGCACAUCAUUGAGCAGGAACUCUGCACAGUAACCAACAUAUACCAAUUGAUCAGACCGAGUUUUCAGAUGGGGAAGAAUGUAUCUGCAAGCAGCUAUACCCAAAGUGAACACCAAUGCCAAGACCCGGUGAUUGAUAUUCCUGAAAACUUAGAGGUAGCCUUACGGCCUGAGAUUUGUAUAUACAAAGUUCUCUCUGCAAUUCGUAAAAUAAAUGAAGCAGUCUACAACCCUCAGGUAAUAUCAAUAGGCCCUAUUCAUCAUGGGAAACCUGAAUUCAAGGAUAUGGAAAAGCAGAAACUAAUAUAUUUAAAAGAGUUCUGCCGAAGAGUGGAGGGUAGGACAGAAAAGGAAGUUAUAAGUGAUCUUUCACGCAUUAUUAAUGAGUGUGAGGGGGAGAUACGCCAUUGUUAUGCUGAAACGUUUACAAUUUGCAGCAGUGAGUUUGUAAAAAUGAUUCUAGUGGAUGCAGUGUUUAUCAUCGAGCUUUUUCUCAGGAAUUAUAAUGGUUCAGAAUAUGAAAAUGAUUUUAUUAUAGGACAACCUUCACUAAAAAAAGUUGUGUAUUUGGAUUUAGCAUUGCUUGAAAAUCAGUUACCAUACUUCAUUCUUGAGAAAUUAUAUGACUCGAUCAUUGGCAAAUUUCAAGAAAAAGGAAGCGUCGCUUUUCAUAUGCUUUUGUGCUUUUUCUAUGAAUUGCCUCCGCGGAAUGAAAAUCUAAUUUACUUGAGAAACAAGAAGGUGAAACAUUUUCCUGACUGGGCAAGAUACUUGCUGCUAAAUGUGUCUCUACUGGAGUCCACUCCAUCCGACUCUGUGAAACUCGUGUAUAAUGCAACCAAACUGAGUCGAGCAGGAGUCAAGUUUCAGGUGGUUGAAGACUCGUGCUCAAUGCUCGACUUAAAAUUCGAAAAUGGAGUACUGAAAAUGCCUGUGUUUGAAGUUUACUACGAUCUAGAAUGCCUAAUGAGAAACCUGAUGGCGUUUGAGCAGUGUCAUUAUCCAUUUCGAACUUACUUCUACAAUUACUUUGUCCUAAUGGAUCAUCUCAUCAACACAGCAGAAGACGUGGAGUUACUCGUUGAAGCUGGAAUCAUCGUUAAUUGGCUAGGCAGCAACCAAGUGGUAGCGGAUUUGAUAAAUAGACUUUGCCAAGGACUUGAUGAAAAUACAUCAUGCUACACUUGCAUCUGUAAAAGGCUGAAUGAGCACUACGAGAAUCGCUGGAACCACAGGAAGGCAACCUUGAAACUUGUAUAUUUUAGCAACCUUUGGAGAGGUACUGGAACUGUUGCCGCAGCCAUGCUCUUGAUUAUGACUCUCUUACAAACCAUAAUUUCCAUUAAGACUCUAUUCUGAAGCACCCAUUAUAAUUAUAUUUGUCGUCGUCUUCCUCGUCAUCCCUUUUGUAUAUGUAUUCCCUAUCUGUCUUACAAUAUUUGAAUUCUCUGUAUUGUAUAAGAAAGUUUU